GCUUGCAGCAGAGCAGGAAGCGACUGCUACAGAGCCGGGGCGCAGCAAUCAACGACGACAUCAACAACAGCACUGCGCUCGGGAAUAUCUUCCUUCACCAUCAUGUAGCUUUUAGAGACAGGCCUAUUGCAGAUAGAAACUUCUAUAAUAGCUAGUAAAAUAGCGGAUGUGCAUUGUGCACAAGUUGAUGAGGAAUCGCAAGCUAGCUGGCUGGCUAGGCUAGCUAACUGCUCCAGGAAAAAAUGAAGGAGGUGAAGGGUUGCGGUAUGCGGUCCUCUGUGGGCUUUCUGUCCCAGAGAAGGCUUUUCGGGGACCCGCUGAUGAAGGAAGAAUUCCAGAGGCUUCGGUUGGCAGGAUGCACAAGCCUUUACAAGAAAGAUAUGCUGGGACAUUUCGGGUGUGUAAACGCCAUAGAGUUUUCCAACAAUGGAGGGGAGUACCUUGUGUCGGGAGGGGAUGACCGCAGGGUGCUGCUAUGGAACAUGGAGAGAGCACUUCAUGCCCGCUCAGCCAAGCCUCUCAAACUGAAGGGAGAACACCUCUCCAACAUCUUCUGCCUGGCCUUCGACAGCACCAACAAGAGGGUGUUCUCUGGGGGCAACGAUGAACAGGUCAUCCUUCAUGAUGUAGAGCGGGGUGAGACUCUGAACGUGUUCCUCCAUGAUGAUGCGGUGUACGGCCUGUCAGUCAGCCCCGUUAACGACAACGUGUUCGCCAGCUCCUCUGACGACGGACGGGUCCUCAUCUGGGACACGCGGGAGCCGCCACACGGAGAGCCCUUCUGUCUGGCCAAUUACCCGUCAGCCUUCCACAGCGUGAUGUUCAACCCCGCAGAGCCCCGACUGCUGGCCACAGCCAACUCCAAGGAGGGGGUGGGGCUUUGGGACAUCCGCAAACCUCGCACUUCUCUGCUGCGGUACGGUGGCAGCAUGUCCCUCCAGAGUGCCAUGUCGGUGCGUUUCAACAGCACGGGGACCCAGCUCCUGGCGCUGCGGCGCAGGCUACCCCCAGUCCUCUACGAGCUACACUCACGCCUACCCAGCUUCCAGUUCGACAACCAGGGCUACUUCAACUCCUGUACCAUGAAGAGCUGCUGCUUCGCUGGAGACGAGGACCAGUACAUCUUGUCGGGAUCUGAUGACUUCAACCUUUAUAUGUGGAGAAUCCCAAAGGAUCCUGAAGCAGGAGGCCCGGGUCGUGUGGUGAACGGAGCGUUCAUGGUCCUGAAGGGUCACCGCUCCAUCGUGAACCAGGUCCGGUUCAACCCCAGCACCUAUAUGAUCUGCUCCUCCGGGGUCGAGAAGGUCAUCAAGGCGUGGAGCCCCUACCAGCAGCCGGAGAGUGUGGGAGACCUGGAUGGCUGUGUGGAGGAUAAAUCCAGGAGCCUGUACAGCCAUGAGGAAUAUAUCAACCUGGUGCUGAACAGCGGCAGCGGCCUGAGCCACGACUACGUCUCACAGUCCAUCCAGGAGGACCCUCGUAUGAUGGCCUUCUUUGACUCUCUGGUGCGUCGGGAGAUCGAGGGCUGGAGUUCGGACUCGGACAGCGACCUGAGUGAGGGGGCCAUCCUGCAGCUCCACGCCAGGGGCCGACGCUCCACGCAGGCUGUAAGAGACAGCUCCGGGGCCCUGGUUGGGACCGGGGUCGCCAUGCCUGUACCACCUGCUGCUGCUGCUGUUGCCGCCGACUCAGACCACUCCUCUUCGUCCUCGUUGGCUGCACCCGAGGCAUCGGGGGAGGAGCAUCCUGAAGGGGUGGAGGCGCUGCAGCCGAGGAGGCGUGGCAGCAGAUAUCAGCAGUCUGUGUUCUUAUUGGAUCUGGUGGGAGAGGACUCUGACUCCAGUGGGUUCUGGCCUGACCCCAUGCCCCGGCCUCGCUCUCCCAGCCCCCGAGACAACUCCACCCUCUCCAGCCCCACCUCCUCCCCCGCCGGCGCUUCCUCCAGCUCUUCCUCCACCUCCUCCACCAGCUCCGAGGAUGAGGAGCUGAGGAGAGCCAGUAGGAGAGAACGUACCGCAGCCCGGAGACGACGCAUUCACUUCCCCCGCCGGUCCAGUGGGGGGCGCCCCGAGUCCGCCCAGGCCUUGUACCCCGGUGGGGUCGACUCCUGCUCCUACCCCAAGAUCUCCAUCGACGAGGCCUCAUCCUCCUCUGCAUCCUCCACGGAUCUGCAGCAGGACCAGGAUUCGGUCCAGGUCGGACCCCACAGGAGUGGCUCUAAAACGGGGAGACGCAAGUCUCACACCCUCGCUGCUUCUAGCCCUGCAGUGUCUCUGGACAGCCAGGAUGACCGAGCGGAGCAGGAGGGGCUCCUCAUUGCCUCCCUUCUGUCUCAAGACGCCCUGCAGCAGAGGACCGAGUCCCGGGCAGGAAGGCGGGGGGGGAGGGGGGCUGCUUUAGAGAGAAUGGCUGAGGGCUUGGAUAGUCCAGAAGAGGCAGAGGAAGAGGAUCAUAGUGGCUGGGUCACCCCUCGCUCCAGGCACCACAGCCCUGGGGUGCCGAUAGGCUGCAGGGGUCGUCUGGCUCCAGACCUGUUUGAAUCCUCAGACUCCGAGGGGGAGAGAGAGACCUUAGCGGUGAAAUCAGCAGGCACUAGGACUCUGGUAGAGGAGGGCGGAUCAUCGUCUCAGAGAGGCCCGGCCCCAGCCCAGGGUGCGCUGAAACGGACUCACCUGGGGUCAAGAGGUCAAGGGUCAGGGGAGGGUUCUGGGGAGGGGUCAGGGGGGUCGGAGACCUCAGAGAAGAAGUUCAAGACAUGAUGAUUACACCUGAGAGGUGUCAGGUGAUCAUUUGGUUUAGGACAGGUUAUGUGUCUCAAAUGGCACCCUAUUCCAUACACUACUUUAGGGCUAAAGUAACCCAUAGGGUCCCUGGUCAAAAGUAGUGCACUAUAUAGGGAAUAGGGUGCCAUUUGAGGACCCUGAGACUCAACUUAGGGUGGCUUUUCUAUGGGUUUUUACAAUCCAGUUUCUUGGUUUGACGUCACUCUAAAAAGGGCGGCGGAAUUUGCAAUUUUGAGACAUUGGGCGAGUUUGUUUUGCGUGGCCCCCGGUUGGCGGAGUUGGCACAUUUUUAGACCAUUCCAUUGGUCCUUAAGUGGAAUCUCCACCCACCGCCCAUUGGGACGUGUAUUUUUCUGUGAGCAGGACACAGUGACAUCAUCACUUUUGCGGUCAAACCACAAAGAUGACAUUUAAUAAAGAAAAUAUACUAAAAUAUAAGUAAUCAUAUUGACAUUGACAGUAAUGGUAUUGUUAAUUCAUUUGCUAGUCAUUUAGUCUUAAGGCAGAAAUGUUUUUUUUUUUUUUUGAUGUUCAUGUUUUGAAACAAAUACAUCAAGUUUUUAUUUUAAGAAAACGCCAGGGGGGAGAAAAAAAAGCUCAAAUUCCAGGACUAAAGUUUUCAGAAAGCGUAUUUGUGUUUCUCUUGGAGUUAGACUUGAUUCAUUUAGAUUUUUCAGUGAGAUUCUCUGCUUAGCUUAAAGUUUCAGCGUUUCCAUGGUAAUCUGGUAGAGCGAACCAACCAGCUGUUUGAGCUGUGCAUUAAUGAAGAUGAUUAUGAUUUGUGUUAAAAGGAGAGAUUGUUCUGGUCUCCUUUCCAUCCUGACCCAACCCCUCUGUCACCACCAACAGCAACAGCAAAUGUAUUUUUGUUUGUUUGUUGCUUUCUUCAAUUAAAGAAUCAUUCAUUAUCUAUGAUUUCA